AUGUCAAACGAUGAAUUAUUCGACAAUUUAGCGACACCAAUUCCCGAAUCUGCCAAUGAAAUAGUUAGCGCGUCACAACUGCUAUCGAUGAAUUUUUUACCACCAUUUGCCUUCGAAUCGGAUGGUGUUUCACAAGUAGAUGUUGCUUCGGUAACAGACAUACCAUCUUCAGAUAUAUCAAUAUCUCCGUCAAUAAAUAUGCCGGAAUCCGAUUUAUCCAAAAUAGCUGUGCCCGGUGAACAAUCGAAAAUUGAAAUAAUUGCUCAACCAAAUGAAAUGUACCAUCCACGAUAUAUGACAGACGUGGAUAAAGACAAAAAUCGUGCACUAAGAUAUAUUCGUAGUAGUGAUAGAACCCAUGAAUAUCCUACAAUAAAAAUACCACGAAUGUAUCUGAGCGAUCAAUAUCAUAUCCGCGUUGCUUUGGUGACAGUACCAAAUCCUACUGUUCCGGUUCGGUGCGUUCAUCCAUAUAGACUUGAAGUACCAGAAAACGAAAGUGAUGUGCGUCACGAUGCAAACACAAAUGCAUUAUAUUUUCCCAUUACUUCAGAAGACAUUGAUGCUAAUGGAGUUAAAAGAUUUUGUCGAUUACUUCUUAUUAAAACCUUACAAUCAAAUUUAAAGCAAUGUGAUAGAUUACGUUUAUUUGAUCAGGAUGUGGAUGACAUUCAGCGUGUCAGCACACCAAACAGCCCAAAAGAUUUAAUUCGAAAUUAUAAAUUGUACAAGUCAGCAUUAGUUUUUACUAUUGCUCAAUUGGGAGUUGACGAAAUAGUUAUUUUAAAUUCUACAUCAGCGUAUUCACAAACAAUGAUUGAAGAAAAAGAAAGAAAAAAAGAACAAAUCCGCGCAAAUGUAUGCUCAAAGUGUCGAUCAUCGGAUCUUCCUUUAACAACAAUGUCAUCAUCACCAGCUAAACGGGCAUAUAUGGAACACUAUGAUCAAACAGACAGCUACUCUAAUGAGUCUGUACCUCGGUCACUUGUUCAGCCAUCUUUGAUAUUGCCUUAUAUUCCUGCACAACAUAAACAACGUCAAUCAAAUGUCCCUCAAACAUCGACGGAAAACUUCGUAGAAACAUUUUUAUUAAAAUUACAGAAUGAUUUGGCUAAUUUAAUAAUAGAUAAUGACACGGGACCUUUGAUUCAUCGAACACGCAAAUUAGUUAAUAUUUAUCCUGACAAUCUCUUACAUUGCGCAAUUGAAAAUGGUCAUACAUUAUUAGCACAACAAGUGGCAAAAGAAGUUGCUACACUACCUAAUAGUAUAAUUGAACGAAAGAAUGAUAGAGGAGAAACAGCAAUUCUUUUAGCAGCUAAAGAAAAUCGCAUCGAUGUGUUGAAAACACUACUAUCCAUUCGUAUUGAUCUGAUUAAUGCAUUAGAUAAUGAAAACGAUAAUAUUUUUCAUUUAUUAAUGCCACAAAGCACUUCAAAUGAGACAACUGAAUUUCUUUUAAACUAUUUGAAUAGACAAUUGGUUAACAUAAAAGAAAAAUUUGAUAGACGAAACACCGCUGGAUUUACACCGUUACAAUUAGCGGUUAAAAAUAAUAACCUUGAUAAAACAAAAAUGUUAAUUGAAAUAGGACAAUUCAAUGUGGAUAUCAUCGAUCAAACAAAUGGUGAUAAUUUAAUACAUUUAGCGGUGAGAACUAAUAAUUUACCCUUGGUUAAAUAUUUCAUAGAUACUGAGAUAUUGAACGGACUAUCGACAAAUUUUACUAUGACACCGCAUGAACUCUCCAAAUCACUGAAUCGACAAGCUAUUUAUGAUUUUUUGGAAGAAAAGUAUGUACUGGAUCGACAAGUACCGUCUACUAACAGUAAAAGUACAAGUGAUCAGAAUGAAGAGGUCGCUUAA